UAGACUCCUCAUGAAUUUGCUGCUUCCAGACUUUCGAGCGUCAAAACCAAUUUCAAAUCCAAAAAUAACAAUUGUAUUUGUUACUCAAAUUUUGUCUUCAAACCCAUUCAAAGAAGAUAUAAUAAGCUACAAAAGGAAAGGGUAAAAGGAAAAGGAAAAGAACCCAUCGUUUUGUUAUUGAAUGUAAAAGGGGAAACAAUGUCGACUGAUCUCAAUGAUUACACUAUCAUAAAGGAAGGAGAAGCUGCGAUUCUUAUGCUUGCUAAAAAUGAAGUCUUUUUCAACAAAACCCAGGUUAAUAACAGAGACAUGUCCAUAGCGGUCCUGAGUACAUUUAUAACAAGAAGGAAGCAGGAACAUGAGGCAUUCUUGUCUAAAAGAAACAAAUCAGCACCGACGGCACUUGAUAAGAAUGUUUCUUUGUCUGACGUGAAAGAUAAACCCAAUGACUCUGAUAUGAAUAUUGAAACGAAUGAACAAGGGAUUGAAGAGAAAUUUAAUGAUGACCCAUGUACUACAUCAGAAGAACUUCUUCCUGUUGUUCCUUUAUCUUCUGCAUUUCUGCGUGGGCGUGCACACUAAAGAUAUUUCAAACAACUAAACUUUGGUUAAAUUAUUGGAAUUUCAAACUGGUCAACAUCCUAUGCUCUACUAAUUUGAUUGAGACGUGAUGAAAUGGUUUUCAUGAGGUUUUUGUCUUCUCUGUAGGUUAAUAGUCAUCCAGUGAAAGCUCAACCGGUUGAUCAACC